UCCAAUUCAGUCGUCUUCCAGCAUUGGCUCACCUUCGUGUCUCUGAUGCCGCUGAAUUUCACGCUCAAUCGCAAUGAAAUGCCUUAGCCGCUCACAUAUGGCCAUUAUCAUUGGCUGUCUAAAUAUAUUGACCUAUUGUUUGGUCGGCAUAAUGGUAUUUGAAAAUGUAAAAUACGAUCGCUAUUCGCACUAUGAUUAUGACGACUAUCGUGACGUGUACAAAAGUUAUGAGCUGCGAGAAGAAACGCGAGCCUACCGUGAGCUGUACUGCAUGAUUUAUGUCAUUGUGUGUGUUAUAAUGAUGCUAUUAUCAGGUCUACUUAUUUGGGGUGUUGUGAAGCAACGCCCAGGUUUAAUGGUGCCCUGGCUCUUGGGUUCUUUUAUUGUGGUGAUUUAUAGCAGCACCGAAAUAUUGGAUGAUAUAUUUCUGAAAUCAUCAUUUCAGAGUGUUGCAAACGCUACUAUAUUUUUUUCUGUACUUUUUAUUGUUUUUGGCUUUCAAAUGUUAUGCUUGGCAUUGGUCUACAGCGUAUUUAGAAAUUUUGAAGUGAAAAUAAUUUUGCAACGAUUUUGUGACCAGCACGGAGAGGUAUUUGAUGACUACAAAACUGGAGAACUUGCAUCGAACUUCAAAAAGACAAAAGCUGAAAAAAUAUUAAAGAAAACGAAUUAAAUAAAUCAUGAUUUUAAAAAAUAAAAUA